CAAGAAGCACAUGCAGGCGCAUAUGCGCUGUAAGUUCUCAUCACGCUCUCCUCCAUGACGGCUUGCUGCAAGUUAAAUGGCGUCCAAUGAACAAUGCCAAUUCCGAAAUCGGCCCAUGAUAGGUGUGUAGUCUAUCAGUCUGCAGGCACAGCAAGACCACUCGGCCAACCGCUCCAAUUCCAUUGACGCCUGUUGAUCCCAUUGCGACGGCUGGUCACACUUUCAGUACGCACACAAGAGGAUACGGGCUCUGUGUACCCUCCCAUUCACGCAAAGGCUAUCUUUACAAAAGCCUUUGAUAUUGCUGCCGCGCGAAGACCCGAAACCUGUCUCGUUGCCGCUCUCGUGUUACGAACUCGACGCUAUAGAAUAUCUCACCGGCAACGGUGUCAACUGUCGUUUCAUUUGGAUUUUGCUCUUUUCUGGUUACCGUUGUUGCUGUGAACAUCAUGCUGGACAUGACACACGCCGCCCACGUGGGUGUCCGAGAUUCACAAUCUCAAACGCUCAAAACACCUUUCUCAACUCCUUCCAAGAAAUCGUAUACUCGACCGCUCUCUGAAGCAACCGAGAUAUAUGAGACCGAUGAAGAAGACGAUGAGAGUCUCUUCGAAGAAAACUCUCCCAAGCCUAGCUUUGAUUCGUUCGAUAGCAGGCGAAGGAGCCAAACGACAAUCUCAUCUUUUGAAGAAGCCUCGACACCUCGCUCAGAUGUGCAGUUUGAACGAAGUGGGCCUUUCCAGAUUUAUGGCAAGCCCGUUGAAGGACCAAAAGGUCCUCAUCUUUUUCGUGCCUCUCAAUCGUCUGCUGAAUUUGCUUUCGAUUAUGCUCUGCAGAUGUCCCCUCUACAACCCAAGACUAUGGAGCUUCCACCAAAAGCCAGUGUCGUCGCUCCUCAAGAGUUUGCCUUCUCACCACAAGACUUGUACGUGCCAGGCCUUGACGCUGUACUUCAGUCUCCUUCCCCGUACAGUGUAGAGAGAUGGACUACAGGAGAUGUCUUGAACUGGAUGCUCGAUACUGGUCUGCCUCAUGAGGUGGUUGACAAGUUUGAGAAGCAUGACAUCAAUGGAGCCAUUCUGAUGGAGCUCGAAUUUGAAAAUCUCAAAGAGCUCGAGAUUGAAUCUUUCGGCAAGCGUCAUCAGCUCUGGAACUCAAUACAGAAUCUGAGAGGUGGUGAACGAGGUCCAAGCCCUGUUCCGACUCCAUUUCAGGAUAUCUCUCGUCCUCCGACUAACGUCAGAUCGAAGUCUGACGGUGAUAUUCCUCGAGAAAUGUUGCCUGCUGCACCGCUCGACGACGAUCUGACACCAGUCACUCCUGUCCGUCACAGGAAGCGACGUGGACGAAAGAAUCGACAUCACGACGACAUCAUCACUCCGGCAGAAUCGGUCUCCAUCGUUGCCAUCGAACAGUUGAUGCCCAGAGAGCACUCUUGUAACAAGGGCGAGAACUGCCCCAAAUGGCGCAAGCAGCAGAGACUUUUUGCUCGCAUGCGAGACCAACAAGGUUGGCCCGUCAGUCCAGAUCACGGUGGUCAAAUCCUGAUCACAGGCGAUCCUGGCAACGCUACCACUGCUUUCAAGGUCUUGGACAACGUUUAUCGUCCGCACGACGUGUCACCCUCCACGGAUGCAGGAGCGACUCGACCCGUCUCUGAAAACAUGCCCCCUUCGAUCGUCGCUUCCUCGGAUCUACUUGGUCCUGGUCAGCUCCCCGCUUUUGCCCUGCACGAAAACAUGCUUGCGCAACUGCAAAUCAGAGAUCCUCAAGAAAACGUUAAGCAUUUUCUCAGCUUCCAGCAUGUGGGACAGGCGCAAGUUGAAGCCCCACCCACUCCUCCUCUUGAUGGCGAUCGGUUCGAAAUGUUCCCUCACGUCCACGAGCAAGCUUACCCUUCUUUGCAACGUCCCUCUCUGACACAAGAGCCGCAUGAGCAUCUCAAGCAUCUACCCAAGCUGAACAUCCCUCGCUCUGCAAGUGCCAAUCCCUGGUUGGGAAAGUCUACUGUCUUUUCGCCCGCUAAUACUGUCAUGUCUCCUUGCCGCAGUGCGACGGCUUCUCCUGAGGCCAACCAUAUCUACCGUUACGGCACUCCCGCAUCUGAGAUGGAUGUUCCCGUCACUGCUAUCCCUAUUGGUCCCAUCUCGCGCGAUACCAGCCAGUCAGUACCGCCAAACAUGCAAUACCGUGAGCACACACGUACCGAGUUCCGCCGUCAAGCAUCCAAUCAACUACCUGCUCUUGACGAAAACGCAGUCUUCUCGCCUGUGACCGCCAUCCAGCGAACUCCCAGCGCACUCCUUCACGUCGUUGAUAAGAACAAGCAGAAAGAGAUGAAGAAAGCACACAUGCAAGCUACCUAUGGUGCUGAGGUCUCUCAUGCUGGGUACAUGAAGAAACGCAAGACUAAGCUCCUCCGCCACGAAUGGCAGAAUGCACAUUUCCGCCUUCACGGCACACAAUUGGCCGUGCAUGAAAACAACCGCCUCUCAGCCCUCAUGCUCGACAGCAUUGAUGUUGACAAGUACAGUGUUGCUUGCACCUCUCUGCCAUCCAACAACAAGAUCACUGCUGCCCUCAAGAAUUUCAAGCUCGGUGACAAGAAGAAAGAUGGCGACUCUACCGCUGCCUUUUCGUUCCAGCUUGUGCCCAGCGGUAGUGAUAGGGUGAAGCUUGCUCAUGGCAAGACCCAUCAUUUCGCCGUGACCAACAGCAACGAACGCAUCGACUGGAUGAGAGAACUCAUGUUGGCAAAAGCAUUACGUCAAAAGCACAGUGGCUUCCAAGUCGAGCACAAUGGCGAAAAGGCAUGAAUAGUUUCCCACGCUGGCUCCAAAAACGCACACAAAACCCCGGCUGCAGAAAAGAAAAGAAAUCAAGAUUGAUAGACAACAACUACGAUACCCCCCGAAGGCGCUUGUUUUGGGCUUGUUUUCUUCUCAUCUCCCCUCUAAAUUGUUUUUAUGAUACCAGUAUGAUAUGAAUAUGUAUUCACGACCAUCUCCCUCUCGAUUGUGAAAUAGGGAAAUUAGCAGUAUAGGUUGAAUGGUUGUAGCAAAGGUAUAUAGCGUUUAUAGGUAGCAUCAGAUAGCUCAUACAAAAUGGCUUAAUAUAUAUAUGUAUCCAUGAUCA